AACAGCCGUAGCCAUAAUCAUCAAUAGUCAUAAAAGCAUGCAGUCCAGAAACAGGAUCUUUGGCCCACCACGUCCAUAGUGAUCAUCAGGAACCUAUCCAAACCAAUUCCAUUUAUCAGCACAUGACCUUUAACACACUGGCAGUUCAAUUGCUUGUCUAAAUGCUUCUUAAAUGUUCUGAGCAUAUCUCCCUCCACCACCCACUCUGGCAAGUGCAUCCAAGAUUCCAGCCACUCUAUGGGUGAAAUGCCUCUUCCUCAGAUCUCUUUUAAACCUCCUACCAAUUAUUCUACACUUAUAGUUUUAUAUUCCUCUGCUACCUUUCCUAUAUAUGUCCUUGAUAAUGCAUUUUCAUGGUCCUCACAUAGCCCGUGAAGAUUAUAGAAAUCUGCCUGAGCCCCAUCAAUCCCUUGGAAACCAAAUUUUGGCUUGAAGACAAUGGGGAUCUGCACAAUGCCAGACCUUGAGGAGUUCUCAGCGACUUAUGAAUCUGCAGGUGUAACAUGACCUGGUGCACCAAGGAUAUGGAGGGAUAUGGAAUCAGUUACUGACAUUGAGGGGUGUUGACACCAGGUGUCAUUGAAUGCCACCAGGCAGAAUAUGAUAAGUGUAUAGACUGGGGAGAGCUGGGUGGGGGUAGCAGAGUACAGGGUGAAUUGAUGCUUAUGGAUGACUGGAGAUAGGAGCAUAGCCAAUAGAGCAUUAGGAUCUUGAGGUAACAAAGGCAAGGGUGAGAAUUCCAGCAGCAAGGGAACUGAGAGAGGAUGAGGGUGGGCAAUGUUACUGAGCCGUCAUGGUGAUGGAACAGAAAUGGGAUUGGGAGAUCAGAAGAUUAUUUCAUGGUGGUAUAGGGCACCAGGUUGGUAGAUAGUUGGUAGUGCCAAGUACAAGGAUGGAGUCUGGGGCUGUGUAUGAAACAUGUGACGGAGGCCAGGACUACUUGGUUCAGGCUUCCAAAUACAGGCCUGAAGGAGAUUUUGUGUUCUCAAUUACCGAAUAAAAAGCCACAAUGUGGUAGAUUUAAGUUAGAAGAACAUUCUAAAGAAGCAGUAUGGGGAGAGUUGGAAGAUGACAACUAAUAUGACAUGUUUGUUACUGGAGAGAUCUCAUUCAACAACAGCAAGUCAGAUGGAAAUGGAAGGGGCCACAGAUCAAUUAUCUGGGGGAGUCCUGUAGGUGAUCAUCCAGGAAUAGAGAGGGAAGUCAUUGAAUCACUGGCCAAGGCUGGAUAGGUGGGAGAGAACCAGGCAAAUAUAAUCACACCAAGCAGAGGAUGAUGCAGUAAUAGUUCUGACAGAAGAGAGUUCACACACUAUGAAAUGUGGUAGCUUCCAGACACCAAGCCAGCUUGUUCAGCUUCGGGAAAUAGCAAGCCUGCUUGGAUUUCGUCUGACCUGUAGGAACAGGUUUGGGGGAGCGACAGCACUGGCUGAGAGUCGUGUUGCUGUUUGCUGUACCCACCCCGGUCUCUUACUGUGAAUAAGCCGAUUUCAAACCCUUUGCGGAUUAGACCGGGUGGGGUGGCAGCUGCUGCCUUUCUGUAGCCACCAUGAACCUGGGCAGCCUGCGUUACCUGGUGCUGACAGCAACUACUCUAUACACCGCCGCGUUCAAUCAGCCCACAAGCAGGGAGUAUGAUCCGAUUCCAAGGAUUGCCUUUGCCUACAAUGACACAGACAGAGUCGUCAAACACUUCUACAGGGAUGGAGUGCAAAACUAUACGAAGCUGCUGCUGGGUGCUGAUGGACAAUCUCUCUACGUUGGCGCAAGGGAUGCUAUUUUCUCCUUGAAUGUUUCAGAUAUUGCUCCCAACAAGUUCAAGAAUGAGGUGAUUUGGGAAGCCCCACAACAGAAGAGGAAGGAAUGUCACUUUAAGGGGAAGAGCCUAUCGAGUGACUGCUUCAAUUACAUCAAGAUCCUCCUCCAGCUGAAUAGCACACACGUAUAUAUUUGUGGGACUUAUGCUUUCAGCCCUACUUGUGCCUACAUUCAAAUUGCAGACUUCUCUCUUGCAAAAGGCCCCAACGGUAACCUUCUCAUGGAGGAUGGAAAAGGUCGAUGUCCCUUUAAUCCGACCUAUAGGUCAACUGCAAUUAUGGUUGAGGAGGAGUUAUAUGCAGGAACAGUCAGCAAUUUUCAAGGCAACGAACCAAUCAUUUCCAGGAGUCUGGGAAAUAAACCACCCUUAAAAACAGAGAAUUCUCUUAAUUGGCUUCAGGAUCCAGCAUUUGUGGGCUCGAAGUUCAUCCAGGAGAAUCCUGGGAAGGAUGAUGGAAAAAUCUAUUUCUUCUUCAGUGAAACUGGCAAAGAAUUUGACUUUUUUGAUACUACAAUUGUUUCACGGAUAGCCCGAAUCUGUAAGGGGGAUAUAGGAGGUGAGCGCGUACUCCAGAAAAGGUGGACAACAUUCCUCAAAGCCCAGCUGUUCUGCUCACUCCCAGAUGACGGAUUCCCAUUUAAUGUUAUCCAGGAUAUGUUUGUUCUGUCUCCAGGAAAAGGAAAUUGGAAAAACGCAACCUUCUACGGAGCAUUUACUUCCCAGUGGUAUAAAGGUGGUGCAGCCUCUUCCGCCGUUUGUGCUUUCUCCAUGGCUGAUGUCACGAGGGCCUUUGCUGGAAGGUACAUGGAGGUGAACCGUGAAACACAGCACUGGUAUCCAUAUAACCAGAACCCCCCAGAGCCAAGACCAGGUGCUUGCAUUACAGACAGUGUAAGAGCCAUGAACAUAACUUCUUCAUUCCAAAUGCCAGACAAAGUAUUGAAUUUUGCAAAGGACCAUUUUCUAAUGGAAAAGAGUGUCAAGAGUAAACUCGUUCUGACGAAGAAGCACGUAAAGUACACCCAGCUCGCUGUGGACAGAGUCCAAGCCACUCGGGGGCAAUAUGACGUUCUGUUUCUGGGCACAGAUACUGGAAUGUUGCACAAAGCCAUAAAUGUGAAUCACAAGGUACAUAUUAUUGAGGAAAUUGCUCUGUUUGCUGAACCACAACCAGUGCAGAACCUGAUUCUGGAUUCAAAACAGGGCAUGUUAUAUGCAUCUUCAUACACAGGAGUGGUUCAGCUAUCCGUCUCUAAUUGCACCAUUUACCAGAGCUGUGGAGAGUGUAUCCUGGCCAGGGACCCAUACUGUGCUUGGGACACAAACAGAUGCAGGGACAUACGAGGACUACAAAUAGACCAACUUUGGACACAAGACAUUGAGAAUGGCAGGCCAGGACAACACUGCAGGCAGCCAAAUGAUUCGUUGUUGGAACCCAGGGGUUUGCGACCACAUCGUGCUGCCCCCUGUAAGCCUGUCAUCGUGCCACCCAAUAGUUUUAAGGUGCUUCCAUGCAGCGUGAAGUCGAACCUUGCUACGAGGAAGUGGGUGCACAAUGGGACAAUGGCAGAUGCUGCAUUCACGAUACUUCCUGAUGGUGAAAUUAUUGCUACAGCAGAACCUCUGGGUGUGUUCGAGUGCUGGGCCAUCGAAGAAGGCUUCCAGCUGCUGGUUGCAAAUUACUGCGUGAGGUUGGACCUUUCUUCUGAAGCCACAACCUUGCAUGCAUCCAGAAAGUCUAUUGCAGUAUUUAAUAAAGGGUCUGGAAUGCAAGAGAACAGGAUCAUAAUAAAUCCUGUCAGCAGGGAGAGCCGGUUUUCACAGCACACCAAUGGGAAGAACUACUGGACUGAAUUUGUGACUGUAAGCGUGGUCUUCGGAAUAACGGUGGCUGUCUCAAUUCUGGUGAUUCUGUACCGGAACAGAAAUCGAGUGAAGUCGUUGAUUAAGGAUGGUGAGUGUUCAAGUAUACCGCAGAAGAAACAGAGGAAAAUUGAGAUCCAGCAUGAAAGCUUCCCUCUAAAUGGAAACCCGGUUCAAGUAGCAGCAUCUGAGCAUCACAAAGGUUACCAAAGCCUGAAUGACAAACAUAUCUGCAGUACCCCAGUGCUGGAAAACACUCUUAGUGCCAAGGACUCUGGGUAUACCCAGUCACCAAGCAACCAAACCAACCAAAAAAACUUGUACGUGGAGAUUUCGGCACAUUGCCUGCAGCCCCGGGUGAGGAUUGGCCCUGAAAUCAAAGACUCAGUGGUGUGAAACAUCAAAGGGUGGAGUGAGGUAGCACCUGUGCCAACGUGGCCUUGGGAAAAAGGGACCAACCACACAGAAUUGGAAAGCAUAAGGCUUGGCAGCUGAAAAGUCUGAAACCUCUGUAUUGUGCCAUUUUGUCUACCCCUUCAGUAUGUAAACGACAUGCAUGGAUGGUUAUUGGUGUGUCAGUCACGCUUUAGUAAAUGUGUGUCCGUUAUCAUCAGCCAAACCGCAUGGAGCAGCGCAUGAAUUACAACUUUCCCAAUUUGAUUUGCAAGUAUGGGCUCAAGGUUCAUGACUUUUUAUGGUGAGGUGGAGAGUGAUCCUAAGUCUUUUCUGGGUGGAAAUAAAACGGUGCCCUGUGUCAAAUGAACUGGAGCUUGCAUUGAGAGCAACAGGACUUGCUGGAAGUAGAUAUGUAGUUUGUGGUAUGAGACACAACCAAGCAUCACAUAAAGUUAUUUUACUACAGUUAUUGGGCACUAUGUUGACUGUUUCAUUCAGUGUAUCCUCUGAUGAACUUGUAAAUGCAGGAAGUCUGCCUAAAAUCCUUUCCCAUUAUGUGAAAUACACAGACUGAUGACUUACUAUGGAUGAAAAUUAUCAUGUAGCAUGCAGAACUAGAAUACAUUUCUCUGAUUCAUACCAACUUGCAAGUGGAGGAAGAUAUGACAAAAAUAAUGUGGUUUCAAAAAAAGGUCAAUUGAAGAUUCUACUUGUGAUUCCUUUGAAAUAUGACAGCGUUUUUUAUUGAAAAAGGAACUGAGAUAAAGGACUAGUAAUGUGGUACGUUCUCACUUUUGUAGGCAAUUACAGCAGUUGGUGGGCACACAUGUAUUUGGCUAAGUAAGCUGUGGUAUAUGAAUGGGUCAUGUAUAUGUCGUGCGUUCACAUACCUUUUUGAAUGAGUAUAUUGCUGAUAGCUAACAACCUUGCCUGAUGACAACUUGGGUUCUUAGUUAAGCCACUAAAAUUAUAAUGGUUCGUGAAUGUGAAGCAUAUUAGUCUGUCCAUCAUGUUGAAAAGACAAAUGUGUCCUUGAGUUGAGGAUACUUUGGGAAGGUUCUUUGGCUGCUAUGGGCAGUUUGCAUCUUUAUAGGAUCUUGAAUGUAGAAAAAAGUCCAAAAACAUUUCAGAAUGAAGAAGCUGAACAAUGGAGAGGGAAGUGGCAGUCAAAGACUUGUUUAACUAGAUGGACACUUGAUCCUUUGUGUACCAUGAGCACGAGACUACUUCCCUAGGUGUAUCAGUCAGUAUAAAUGUGAAAUGUUAAUGUGGUUAAAGAUAGAGAUGGGAAAGAUUUUCUGGAUGACAGAAAAUUAAAACUUUCCUUCUAAGUGGCGACCAGAGUGAUUCCAUUUUUAAAUAGCUGAGCAUGUAGCCCUAAUAAAGAACAAAAGUUAGAUCCUGAGCCAGUUUGUUAAGGUCCUAACAUUUCUUUGGCUAAGGCUAUUGCUUUGAAAUUGGCCUUUGUGCAUUUUUUGGGUGGUAAGUAGGAGCUUUAAACUAAAUCGGAGACUGCAAGGAAAAGGUGAAUUUGGGACAUCUUUGUUUUAAGAAAUCAUCAUUGUGGUUUUCCCCCUUUUAAGAACUUUGAAAGUCAACCUAAAUAUCGCAGUAGCUGCAACCCAACAGACAUUUUAUGAACUGUUGACGUAGGUCAGCACUUUUGAAAAGAUGGCUACGUUAAGUAUAAGAAUGGAUUGUGGAAGAUGGCGACUAAGAGGGAUUACUUCAGAGUAGGGAGAGAGUGAAGGUACAUUGGUCUUUACAACGUAAAUCAUCCCUUCCUCUAACUGUGAAAUGGACCCCCAGUGAUACUGAGUAGCCCUCCUCCCUUUCUAUUAGCAUUGGGUUCAUUCCGCAGAUUGGUGCUCCUCCCCUUCCCUCUCUUCCGUGGUCUUCUGUCCUCUCCCAUCAGAUUCCCCCUUCUCCAGCCCUUUAUCUCUUCCACCAAUCAACUUGCCAGCUCUUUACUUCACCCCUCCCCCUCUCCCGGUUUCACCCAUCACCUACCACCUUGUACUUCUUCCUCCCCUCCCCCCCCCCACCUUCUUAGGACUCCUUUCCAGUCCUGAUGAAGGGUCUCGGCUCGAAAUGUUUACUCUUUUCCAUAGAUGCUGCCUGGCCUCCUGAGUUCCUCCAGCAAUUUAUGGGUGUUGUUCCACAGACUGAGGUGUUUAUGACUUGCAAUUAGCAAUUCACAGAGCCCCUAAUUUGAACAAAGCUAUAGAAUACUUUUUACAUAGAAAAAUCAUUAAUUGCAUGAAUGAGUAUUCAUUCUUCAUUCAGUAUAAUUUGUAAAUUAUGAUUUUUUGAUCUAAUUUCUAUCCUCAAGUAAUUAAAAUGAAGUAAUGUAUGAGAAAUAUAACAGGGAAACAAAACCUUUGUUAAGAUGAAUAAUGUAAAAUUACUCAACAUCAGUCUUAGCCAAUGAAAUAACACCUGGAGAAAGUCCCUAUUUCCUAGUGGAUGGGACUUCAACAAAAAGUGGGCCCAAACAAGUCAACAUGUGCAUAAGGUACUUCUCCUGCGUAAUUUAUGCUGAAACAAGAGCAUUUGGGUCCAAUUUCUGGGGACGUCAUUAAGUACAUAAUGAAAAAGCCCAAUUACUUUAUAUUUCCUUUUAGAACAAACUUUGUAUGGGAUUUAAAUUUACAUUUACACCAAUUCCAUUUCACUCUCCCCAAGUGUUGGGCACAUGGCCAAGUGGUUAAGGCGUUCAUCUAGUUACCUCAAGGUUGCUAGUUCGAGCCUCAGCUGUGGCAGCGUGUUUGUGCCCUUGAGCAAGGCACUUAAUCACACAUCGCUCUAGUCUGUGCGAGGAGUGGCGCCCCACACAGACUUCCAAUCUGCACCUUGUAAGGCAUGAAAAUGCCCAACGCAGGCCUCUCAUGGUCUGAGUUGACGUUCCCUCCCCCCGCCCAAGUUCCCAUCAAUUUCUCCCCAGAUUCACCACUAAUACUUCACUCACCUGCGCAAAAGGAACAAUUAUCAAUGGCCAUUUAACCAACCAAAUCCCAUGUGUCUGGCAUGUGGGAUGAAACCAGAAUAAUCAGAGGAAGACGAACCAGUCACAGGGAGAACGUGUGACUCCAUACAGUCAAUACCAGAGCUAGUAAACACUGCCCUCCAUCAUAUCCAAUAAUGACAGGAAGCUGAGGUAGAGUUGUUGAAGUGGAAAAGCGAUUGUACUGGAGCAUUUCCACUCUCUUGACCUCAGGAGUCCGGAUGUAGUGAUAGGAGCAGCCAUCACAUGUAAUAGGUUUUUAUAAGUACAACUGUUUCUGUCAGGGAGGUACAUGCAAGUAUCUGUUCGGCUUCUCAGAAGUAAUCCCAUGAGAAGAUAAUUAACAGCGCAUAAUAUAAUCAUCAUUCUCCAGCUUUCAUCUCCUUCCUGAUAUUACACUUAGAUUCACAAUUUCUGCUUUCUUCGUAAUUAACCUGAUUUCUCAUGCAAGUGUUUUCACAGUUCACAUAUUCAGGCAGGGAUGCAUAAAUAACAAUGUAACUAGCGUGUUAAGUAUGAAAAAUAUGUCUUAAGUCUAAAUUUGAUUUGAUUUUACCCAAUUUCACAUUUAUUGAAAAUUAUUAAGUUGUGAAGCCAGAAUUUAGUGUAAAUGCAGUGGAUGGCCCUGUAUUGUAACGGGACACUCCUUUAUGGAUCAUAUUUAAAACUGUGGUAUGAAGCCUGUUGCCUGCUUAUGUAGAAGAGCUGAUAACAUGUUAUCCUAUUGACAGCAUAAUGUAACUUCCAAAGCAAUUUAAAGCACAGAAAUGUAACGAUAGAAACAGACCAUUCAGCCUCUCAAGUCUGUUCUGUUUGUUAGCUAGACAAUACAUACUUUUACUGCCUCUACUUUCUUAGGUCAACAGGUCCACACCAGUAGGUAAUGACUCUACAAGCCAGCCUUCCUUUUUCUCUCCUUUAAGAAGCAUUAGAAGAAUUUCCUUUUAAUCCUUUCCUCCUGCUUCAUCUUCCCUUGUUCCGCGCCCCCCCGCCAUGCCACUGUUUUCAGAUUUCUCAUCCUCCUCCUUUUGCCCUUCCCCCAUCCACUCCAGCUGACCCUGAUAAUUCAACAUUUCAAAUUUGGUUGCCGCUAACUUCCAGGAUGAAGAGCCGUCUCAUCAUUUCCUCCCAAGAGCAAUUUGAGAGAUGUGAAAAGCACAUCAAAAAGGCAUCUGAGUUUUAACUGACAGAUUCUAUUACCACUGUGGCACAAAUCUCCACUUGAGAACAAAGUCUGAUCUGAGUACCUUUCAACUCAGUGAGCAUGCAGUGUUCCAUAUUACUGCUUUUUUAGUGAAUAUUUUGAGAAAAUAAUUUUUUUUAAACAAAUGUAACAGCAUUAUAAGUUGCUAAUUAAAGUAUAAUUUUAUGAGAGAACUCGAGCAAAGUUUUACAAAGGUACACUUGUAUGCUAUAACGCUCAAUAUGGUAUUAAUCAAUUAGACAUAAACCACCAAUCUCCAACUGGUAACUGUUGUUUUCUGAUUUCCUAUGCACUAUGUACAAAAUCUUUCUGUUGGGUACCAGUGGCUGCACAAUGCCAUUUAAGUUUGGGCUUUUGCACAUAUGCUGUAAAUAUUGUAUUGAUUGUGUUUGUGUAUUUUCUGUAAAUUGUGAUAAAGAUGUUUCCCAUCAUCCCUCCACCUUUGCGGACAGAUUUCUUAAACUAUUAAGUUUACAAAUGUUCAUUUGCCUUUUGUAAAUUGCUAAUGUAGUGUAAGAAUUCCAACUGAGAAUUGUGUUAGCAUUUGGCAUUUUCAUUGUGUUAGGUGUAGGCUUGGCAGUCUUAAUUAAUGAAAGCUGAGGAAAUCAAUCUAAAUAGCUCUUUGCUCUUGUGUGUCUGUUUUUACAAUUAAAUACUAUCAGAAAGGAAUGACCAAACAUAAAAUGUAUUUUCAGAUGUUAUUUUUCUGAAGUUUUCUACAGUUGGGCUGAAGAUAUCAUUGUCCUUUAUACUUGUGAAGCCUCCGGUGGCUAAUUUUAAAUUGAAAAACAUUUUUAGUAUCGAGUACUACGAAGUGACUGUUAUGAUGGUAUUUGUUAACCAUGGUUCAAGAAGGGAAACAAUUAGUUUAAGUUGCUGAGGAUAUAUUUAGAGAUAAACAGAUUGAUUAAGAACACUAAAGAACAUUGAUAUGGGGCAUGUUGCAAAGCAUUCCAAGUGUGCAACCUUCAACAAUUAUCUGUAAUAGGUAAGGAUACUUCAAAGAUAAUCCAUUGGUCAUAAAGCACUUUGAGAUCUCCUGUGAACUUUAUAAGAUGGUGUAUAAAUGUAGCUUCUUAAAAAGCAUUAUUUCAGUAUGGUAUACCAAAGUUACUUAUUAUUAAUAAUAAUGUGACCAAUGUGUACAUAUUCGCAACCUUGGAUUCAGGUGAUUAGGGUGUUCUAAUUAUUGAACAAUAUUAACACUGGCAGUUACAAUUAUCUUAAUAGAAACCACUGAACUAGUCCACGGGAUUGUGCUGGGGGUUUAGGCCAGCACUUAAACGUGGAUUAUGUGUGAAUCCUCCGGAAUGAAUCGUCUUAUUGUUAGUAAAAUGGAAAUAUAAACAAAUAGGUGAAAUUUGCCUUUUUAAAGCAUCUGAUACAAAUGACAGUCGACACUUUUGGAGUCUCUAUCAAAACACAUUGUCAGGGCUGCCAAGCCUUCUAGAUAGCACUAAAUCAAAAAUUGUGCUUGUUUAGUGUUUUGUAUGUUAAUCUUGUAACUGUAUUGUAUUAUUAAAAAAGCACUUUAUUUCCUUUUAUUUGUAAUAAAACAAUAAAAAUCCUGUAUUUUGGUA